AUGACAGUACGGGUACAUCCAUUUGUGGACCACCAACCCGCAAUGGUUCAUCCUGCCGGAGAACAGUCAAGGGAAAUGGAAGGUGUUGGCAGCACUGAUAGGUCGAGGCAGAGUAUGGAAUUUACAACAGCCGAAUCAUUUCUCCAUGAAGGGUUAUUGCAGAGUUUUGAGUUAACUAAGUAUAUCUUGAAGACCAACGUCUACCCUAGGGAACCAACACCUCUAAAGGAGCUCCGAGAAGUUACUGCAAGGCAUCCAGGGAAAUUAAUGAGCACGGCACCAGAUUCAGGUCAACUAAUAGGGAUGUUACUUAAGCUAAUUAAUGCAAAGAAGACAAUUGAAAUUGGUGUUUACACUGGCUAUUCUCUUCUCCUCACUGCUCUUUCAAUCCCUCAUGAUGCUAUGAUUAUAGCCAUAGAUCCAAACAAGGAAACAUAUGAGAUAGGCCUUCCCAUUAUCCAAAAAGCAGGUGUGGAACACAAAAUCAACUUCAUUGAAUCCCAAGCUUUACCAGUUCUGGACAUACUUCUUCAAAAUUUAAGCACUAAAUACCCGGAUAAUGAAGGGAGUUUUGAUUUUGCAUUUGUCGAUGCGGAUAAAGAAAAUUACCUGAAUUACUACGAGAGGCUUCUGAAACUGGUGAAAGUUGGCGGAUUGAUCAUCUUUGACAACACGCUUUGGGGAGGCACGGUGGCUCAACCAGAAGAGGCGGUUUCAGAAGAUAGAAAGGAAUCGAGGAGGUCAAUCAUAGAGUUUAACAACUCAGUUUCAAUCGAUCAACGCAUCGAAAUCGCUCUCGCUCCGUCAGGUGAUGGGUUGACCAUCUGCAGGCGAAUUCGUUGAUGUUUUCUUCUAAGAAAACUAUCCUGCAGUUUCAUUACUAUGAUCUUGCAAUAAUAAAUCAAAGCACACAAUAAAGAA